GGUAUUGUGGGUAGGGCCCAGGCCUUCAUUUCCGCUCAAAGCGGCACUGGCAGCAUCCAAGCAUCCCUGAUUUCUACUUUUAAAGCUCUGUUUGUCGUCAGAAUUCUUGAUGGAUGCAAUCAACAAAGUACCCAUGUGUCGAAUAACAAUGUCAACUGUCUUGUGCUAUUACUCGACUUGAAUGUCAGCCAACCUACAAAUGAAGGGGAGUUGAAAAAUACAUCAUCUGCUGCCAGUUUAAGACAUAGGUACGCGCUGUGACUGGAAAUUAGGCCAUUGGCUGUUCCGAGUUCUGAGGCGUCCCCCGAUGUCUCUGAAUGGAGCUUCUCCUUCAGCUGAUCUCACUGUGCUGGGGCGCAGAUGUGCAGCAGCAUCAGCAGCAGCUCAAGUUUGAGGAACACAGUCGGGGGAAGAAAGACAGGGAUGCGUCUAUUUUAGGCUUACAGACUGGAUGUUUGCGCCGAACAAGUCACUCUUUAAGAAGCGCUGCGGAACAAAUCUGGAUUUGCACACACGGCGUCUGAUGAGGAACUCAAAAGGCACGGGAAUGUACGGCAAGGGGGGAUAUGAGAAAGUCAUCCUGCUCAUCUUUUACCUCCAGCUGUGGUCCAUGCCGAUGGGUGAAGCAAUUCAUCCGGACUGCGCCAUCAUCUCUCAGCACCUGAGGGCUCGGGAGAUUUGCAGCCAGACGAGGAGGAGCGAGGCGCAAAACCGGAGCGAUCACAGCGGAUGUAAAACAGAGUGGGACGAGAUUGGGUGUUGGUUGAGGGCAGACGCCGGGCAAGUUGUCAACUUAUCCUGCUCUGAGGUCUUCCAGCAUUUCUCCAGCAAUCAAGGGUAUGUUUACAGGAAUUGCACCGCAGAUGGCUGGUCUGAGAUGUAUCCAACUUAUGAAGACGCCUGUCAUUUCAGUGAUGACAGCGAGCCUGAGUCUGAGACUAGUUACCUCCGUGCGUUCCGGCAGGUCUACACUGUAGGGUAUGCCACCUCCCUCAUCUCCCUCCUUACCGCCAUAGUGGUGUUUGCAGGCUUCAGGAAAUUUCGCUGCACCAGAAACUACAUCCACAUCAACUUGUUUUCCUCCUUCGUCCUGAGAGCCAGUGCUGUGUUCAUUAAGGAUGCGGUGUUGUUUGCGGAUGAAACUCUGGACCACUGCUCUAUGUCUACGGCUACGUGUAAGUCAGCCGUGGCUUUUUUCCAGUUCAGCAUCCUGGCCAAUUACUUUUGGUUGCUGGUGGAGGGCAUGUAUCUGCAGACCCUGUUGGCCCUCACUUUCGUUUCUCAGAGGAAAUACUUCUGGUGGUACAUUCUCAUCGGAUGGGGACUACCAUCAAUGGUCCUCAUACUUUGGGUUCUGACCAGGUUUUUCUAUGACGACAGAGGCUGCUGGGAUGACAAUGACAAUGUUGGCAUUUGGUGGAUCAUCAAAGGACCAAUUACAGCCUCGCUGCUGGUCAAUAUAGUCAUCUUCCUAAACGUUAUCCGGAUUCUGGUCCAAAAGCUUAAAUCAUCAGCCACGGCUGGAAACAGUGACACUAGCCAUUUCAUGAGGCUGGCUAAAUCCACCCUGUUCCUCAUUCCUCUGUUUGGGAUGCACUACACGGUAUUUGCCUUCCUGCCGGAGAACACCGGAGUGGCUGCUAGACUGUACAUUGAGCUGGGCCUGGGAUCCUUUCAGGGGUUUGUUGUGGCACUUCUCUACUGCUUCAUGAAUGGAGAGGUCCAGACAGAGCUCCGGAAAUGGCUUUGGAGGUGUUACAAUCCAAAUCAUCUCAAUCCAGCCAAGAGAAGCAUCACUCAGAUCACAAUUCGAACCCACGGAGGCUUGGGUUUGCCUCCGUCUAGUGCCAACGUCUCUGCUGUAUGAUUCUUGCUUUUUUUUUUUUUGAAGGAGAAAACAAUUCCUGAAUGUGAAGAAACAAUAAAAGCGUGGAAUUCCUCUGCUGAACAUGGUGACGGCAUUAAUUAAACUACUGUUCUGUGAGAACCAAGAGAGCACAAGGAAAAUAGGUGCAGGAACUGCGUGACAUGUCUGAAUGCUUCAUAUUAGUUUCAGCAGAGGCUGGUCCAACACUCAGUCUAGAUCACAGGGUGCCCCAUCACAUCGAUAGUGCCUAACUUCUCCAGAAAUGAUGGUGCCAUCGCAAAAACAGGAAACACCAAUGGCGACAGAGCUGGCCCUGAGUUAAGGAGGAGUUCAGAUGCUUGUGUUUACAGUUUAGACCUCAUAGGUGAUACAUUUUGAGAUGUGAACUGGGGUAAAUACUGAAAUGUAUGGUUGCAAAAUAUAUGGAAAUACUGUAUAUGUUAUAUAUUUAACUCUGCUUGACAGUUUUUUUUCAUUGAAGGCUGAAAUAAAACACUCACAUAGUGCACAUGUAAGGAUAGCUCACAUUAGUAGACCUUGUUUUGAAAACUGCUUUGGAAGGAAUUUAAAGUUUUCUGACUGAACUUUUUAUGUUGCUUCUAGGUAUGUAAAAUAUGCUGCUUCAUUGAAAUGCACUGCGAUCUGUAGUUCAAGUGAAGGUUCUCUCACAAAGCUAUGUCAAUUUGAAAGUGCACAACAUGGAAAAGCAUCGUGUUGUUUAAUAAUCUGAACGAUUACCAACUGCUUCAUGGACAUGCAUCUUGAUGAUGAAAUACUUCAAGUUACGUGUUUUCGUCAGUAUCACAAACCAUUUCAGCUUUUAGCUACAUUUGUUCUUCAGUGAGGUGUAUGUUAGGAACACAGCUACAGGUUUCCAUACAAUUUGGGAACAAUAGUUACAUAGAAUUGGGUCGUGGAGACUGAAAAGGACAGAAUUUAAUUCGGAGUACCAAUCGUACAUCCCAGUGUGACGUGCAACACAACAGCGUCUUCUGCCAGGACUGCCAAGGACGACCACCAAGAUGAUAGGUUGAUGAUGGGUCCAGUUGGACCAACUAGCUCAAAUAAAAGGACACCAAAACAAUUACAAUGUCAAUGUAUGUUGAGCGUCAGGAUGAGUUGUAGGAAACACAGCGUCUGAUUCAAGUCACAAAAUUAGGUCUUACAAAUCUGUUUAUGCAUUUUGUAGAAUGCUUAAUGUAUCUAACAGUUGAUCUUAGG